AUGUUUCGGAGGAAUGUGAACCACUUGUUGACGGCUUCUGACGCGGGGGAUAAUGUGAAAGCGGAAGAGGCUCUCCGAGUCGCGAAUGAGGAACUGAGGGAUAUCGUGCGAAGGAAGUUCGGCCUGACUUCAUCCGAGUUCGAUGUUCAGCUGAAUGAGCUCGUGUCGAAAGAAGAUCUCGAUGGAACGAUCGAGCUCGAAGGAUCCUCGGGUGACUAUCUACCGAAUGAUUGGUCCAUCAUUGAGAGCAUCCAAACUGCUUUCGACACAGACGAGGAUGGACUUCUACUUCCGUUUGAGCCCGAGAGUCUAGUGAGAGAUGUGAGCCAGGACGACUCGAAUCAGAGCGUCAGGAUCAGCGCAGAAUCCUCAGACUCGACUACGCCCCGUCUCGAAGUCAAAACUGAAGAGAGCAGAAAUCAGACGAUCGAAGGAAAACGGCGUUGCUAUUGCAACAACUGCGGAUCGGAACAGGUUUGCGAAACAGAUGGAGUUUGUUUCGCUGGAUCGGAGCGGAAGGAAAAUGGCCAACUGGAAUAUUUUUAUCGAUGCCUUGACGCAAAGAGAAUGUUCCCUCAUGAAGGAUUCGCAGUACAGUGUAACCGAACCCAUCCGGACACUGAGUAUGACAUCCGAGGUUACCGUCGUGGCAUCGUGGAAGAGGCCACCUGGUGUUGUGAUUCGGAAGAUUUCUGCAACAAAAACCUACCCCGAGACUUCUCGCCAAUCGCGCCGCCAGAUGGUGCCGCUUCACCCUUCGUUCCGGGACAAGCCGUCUGGAUUAUGGCGAUUCUCGUUCCUCUGACCCUGGCCGCUAUGAUCCUGAUCGGGCUGUCGCUGUACUUCGCGAAGCGUCGGAAACAACGUCGAAUGAUGGACUCUGGCGAAGGAGGCGAAAGCGAACCGAUGAUCCUGCCACCGGGGAAUAUCCGAGACUUCAUGGACAUGACAACCUCGGGUUCCGGUUCGGGUCUUCCGCUGCUAGUUCAGAGAUCGAUAGCGCGACAGAUUACUCUCCUAGAAACUAUCGGCAAGGGAAGAUUCGGCGAAGUUUGGCGAGGACGGUGGAGAGGUGAGCACGUCGCGGUGAAGAUUUUCUCGACCCGGGACGAGCGCUCCUGGUUCCGUGAAGUUGAAAUCUACCAGACGGUGAUGUUGCGUCAUGACAAUAUACUCGGCUUCAUCGCUGCCGACAACAAAGACAAUGGAACUUGGACCCAGCUGUGGCUCGUGACCGACUACCACGAGCACGGAUCACUCUUCGAUUACCUGAUGGAGCACGCCAUCGAUCCGUACACACUGAACAAAAUGGCAUUGUCCAUCGCCAAUGGAUUGGCUCACCUUCAUAUAGAGAUUAUCGGCACUCAGGGCAAGCCUGCCAUCGCUCACCGAGAUAUAAAAUCGAGAAAUAUUCUCGUCAAAAGUGAUCUUUCAUGUGCAGUCGCCGAUCUUGGUUUGGCGGUCAGAUACGACUCGACGACGAGGUCGAUCGAUACCCCGAACAGCAGAGUUGGAACAAGAAGAUAUCUUUCCCCGGAGAUCCUGAACGACACGAUUGCGAUGCAUCACUUCGAUUCGUUCAAGAGCGCCGACAUCUACGCUCUCGGCUUGGUGUUCUGGGAGCUCUGUAGACGGUGUACAAUCGUCGCAGAAGAAUACCAACUACCGUUCUUCGACGUGGUCGCUCCAGACCCCACAAUAGAAGAGAUGAAGAAAGUCGUGUGUGACGACAAGCUAAGACCUCCUAUUCCGCCCACUUGGAAUGCCUGUCAGGAACUCUCGGCAUUAAGCAAAAUCAUGUUGGAGUGCUGGUACGAGAACCCGACGGCGCGUUUGACUGCCCUUCGAAUCAAGAAAAGUAUUUCUCAAAUAGGGAACGAUCGUUCCAGUCAGUCCGAUUCGUCCAAUGAUGUCAAGGCGUAA